UCUCAUCGAUGUCGCAACAGAGUGAGAGAGGAGGAGGAGCGUGGACCGGAAUCCGCGGAACUUUUACUUCCUCCACGUAAACACUGCGCCGCUCGCUGCGCCUUUUACGCGCUUUUAACACUCUUUAAAGUUUGUGCGGACCGAAUCCAGCUGUUAACAUCUGUCAGCAUCUGUCCACAGCUGUUCGAAGACUCGCGCUACCCUCCCGCGCCUUUAAUUAGCCGGCACGUGAUGUUAACCGCGGCUGCUUAAUUACCCGGAGCAGCUCCGAGCGUCACUUUGGAGGAGUUCCCGGAGCACCGGGGCCUCCGUGGGAGAUUUACAGCCGAGAUCGAGCCCUGACACGCGGCCGUUAAUCACCAGAGCCCCGCUGCUCCCAGAGGGUGAGGGAGUGAGUGAGCCGCAGGACUCUGGCGCCUCACACUGGACCCGGACACUCCUGGUUCUGGGUCCGCCCACCGGCACAUCCAGCUGGACAGCCCCGACCGGACUCACACCUCUCACCCCCGGAGGACCUGCUGCCAAUGGCAACUUUCAUCUCCGCCCUCGUCUUCCUCCUCGCCGUGAUGGGCGGGACUUCCCCUGCUGCCAGUCAGUCCAGCGCUCCGACAGAGCCCAUGUGCUACGACUGGGGCGAGUCCAGCGAGGGGGCGGUCUCUGUCGUGGAGGGUGAGGUCGGUUGGCUCUCCUGUCCUCUUUUCUCUCAUCCCUCCGUCUACAACUACACCUCCACCCAAAGCGCCGGGCACAACCUCUUCUGGUACCGCCUCCCCGAGGGCCACGACCUGGAGCAGCCAAUCAUGUACAGCUCGCGGCUCAGCAAAGACAGAGAGAGACUGUUUCUGCAGCCGGCCGCCGCCGCCGACACCGGCCAGUACAUCUGCAUGCUGCGUAACAAGUCCUCCUGCAGUAAGAUCGCCAUCCGCCUCAAAGUGUUGCGGCCGGACGACGUUGUUAAGUGUGCGCUUCCGGUUGCCGUGGCACCGAUUGAGGACUUGAUCCCUUUACAGGAGGGGAAGACGUUAGACUGUCCAGACCUGCAGGACGCCACCAAGAUGUCAGAGAGCGCACCAAAGGUCCAGUGGUACUUUGUGGCGCACCCGGUGUGCGACUGGUAUCCGUUCUGGGACAGCGACAGGGAGCAGAAAGGAAACAGUCUGCAGGUUCACCUCAUGAUGGAACAGUAUCAGGGUUUAUAUUACUGCAGAGUCCAGUACCAGAGGAGGAACCAAACACUCAACUUCACCAGGAGCAUCAACGUCACGGCCAUCUUGCCCCUCUCGCUGCCCAAAGAGCCCAGCAUCAUGAACCCCACACAUGACCAGAUUUUCACAGUCAAAACAGGCACCGAGGUGCGUCUGGUGUGCAGAGGUCAGCUUCCGUUCGUCCUGGACAAACCGUGGCGGGAGAUCUGGUGGACAGUUGAUGGGAAGACGCUGGACAAACUUCCUGAUCGAUUCACACAAAUUAACAGGGUGGUGAGAGACCACUUCAGGGACCUGACUAUCGAGAACAUCCUCGUGAUCCAGGACUUCCAGUCCAAAGACCUGAAGCGAGAGUUUUACUGCUCCGUGAAGAACGAGCGAGGCUUCGAUACCCGCAGAGCUCAGCUGGAGGAGGAAGUGUCGCUGCCCACCUUGGAGCUGGGCUGCGGCCUCGGCGUCACUCUGCUCCUCAUGCUGAUCCUCUUCGUGGUUUAUCACGUCUUCUGGCUGGAGCUGCUGCUGCUCUAUCGCUCCUGGUUUGGCACAGACGAGCGGCACACAGAUGAUAAGGAGUUCGACGUGUACAUUUCGUAUGCGAGGAACAGUGAGGAGGAGCAGUUUGUUCUGUUGACGCUGCGCAGAGUCCUGGAGAACGAGCUCGGGUACUCGGUGUGCAUCUUCGACCGAGACAGCCUGCCCGGCGGGACCAUCACAGAUGAGACUCUGAGUUUCGUGGCUCGCAGCAGGCGCCUCCUGGUGGUCGUCAGUCCCGGCUACGCCUCGCAGGGCUCCCAGGCUCUGCUGGAGCUUAAGGCCGGCAUUGACACCAUGGCGCUAGCUGGGCACCUGCGGGUGAUCCUGGUCCAGUACAAGCCGGUCCGGAGGAAGGGCUGGGUCAGGGAGCUGAGGCGGGCCCGGGUGGCUCUGGCGCUGGUCCGAUGGCAGGGGGACAAGUCCAGAGAGCUGUCAUCACGCUUCUGGAAGAGGCUGAGGGUGGAGUUGCCCGUGAGGAGGGUUAGCAGCCGAGGGGAGGACGAAGAAGAGAGCAGUAAGGAGGUGGCGCUGAUGAGGCUUCACAGUCAGAACAGUACAAACUCCCAAACGGGGCUGAUCAGCAACACCGUCAAAGACCCGCAGAAAGUCCUGAAUUCUGCAGCGUAGCAGCAGCUCUCUGAGAACAGUUACAGCUGGUGGAGCUCAGCCUGGGGAAGGCUCGUGGUUUCUCUGAAUGACAGUUAUUAUAGUCAUGCUUUUGACCAGGACUGACUCAGAUUUAUUCAUUUUAUGAAACAAAGUUUCAUUUUCCCUUUAAGGAUAUGAAAAAGUCCACAGCCAUGCUAGCAGCUCUGUCAGUAUUUACACCAGAAAACAUUUCCCAUCAACAAGCUAAUGUUUUUAUCAGUGUCGCAUUAUGAACAAAUGGCACGUUUCAGCAUCCUGGGUUAAUGAGACUGUGCUCCACCUUGUUUCCUCUUCAGGUGAUGUUUGGCCAAAACCCGCACGUGCAGCUCAGAGGACAGACGUCCAUGUAUGUGCGAGUCAUAUUUCACACUAAUCCUCUAACAGCUGUGCAGAUAUUUAAAAAGGAAAAUGUAAAUCUCCCUGAUAGGUUUGUAGCAUAAACCUAUUCGCUGAAACGUUGAAGACAAUAUAAUUACACAGCAAGCAAGAC